AUGGCCUCUCUCGCACGUCAGCUAGCGCUGCGCUCGCAUAUUGCCGCGCGCGCAUUGUCUGCUUCACGUGUCUCCCAAAAUACGCGCCUUGCGCUGGCACGUUACUACUCUACGCCUUCUUCCACCAACGCCAGCCCUGCACCCCGAGCCGAGUCUAGUGAUAAUGCUGCACGGCUCUCAGACCCUACAUAUCUUGCCGAACUUGACCGGCGCUUUGCCGAAGCCUUCCCGUACAUGGAACGCGCAGACGAGAUGCCCGCGGAGGUCAAAGCCGAAAUUCUGGGAAAAUACGAGGCAUUGCAGGGCGAGAACCCGGAGUUGGUCGAGGAGUUGAUGGACGAGGAGUACGGCGAGGACUGGGGCGAGGGCGAGCUUGACGCGUCGCUGGCCGAAAUCAAGCACGUCACGAACUCGAGUGGCGGCGGCUCCGGGCGCUUCGAACGGAAUCUGCAUUUCCCGGAUUUGUCGCUUCCAGAACCUAUCUACGACCUCAAGCAGACGUUGCCACUCAAUCGGGACCCUCGCUCUCCUUAUACGGGAACUGUCACCAUCCGGAACGACCCGUCCAUCUUUACCGCCCAGGCCCGAAUGCGCGACGAGAUUGAGGCGCGUCACGGCCGUCCUGGCGUUUGGGACGACACAGACCCAGAAAUUGCGACGGAUAUCGCGGAGGAGCGUCGUGCUAUUGCUGAGGGCAAAGACCUGGCGGAGGACCACCCCUGGGAACGCGACGAGUCGGAUUCGGCAAGCAAAGCGUCAAACGUGGCAUGGACGGCUAGCGAGAUUCGCAACCUCAAGAUCUACCGUGCUAUCGACCGUCGCGUCGUGAAGCAGAGCGGCAAGGGCAAGAUCGCUCGCCGCGGGCUACUCAUUAUCGUCGGUAACGGCAAUGGUCUCGUCGGGUACGGAAACGCGAAGAACGAGCGUACCGAGUUCGCUAUUGCCCGCGCGAAGAGCGAGGCGCUUCGCACAAUGGACUAUGUCGACCGCUUUGAAGGCCGUACGAUCUGGACGGAGAUGCACGGCAAGCUUGGUGCGACGCGCAUCAUCCUCCGUCCUCGCCCCGUCGGUUUCGGUCUGCACUGCAACCCGAACAUUCAUCGUAUCUGUACCGCGGCUGGUAUCAAGGAUAUAUCGGCCAAGGUCUGGGGUAGCCGCAACCCUAUCAACGUGAUCAAGCUCACGUUCCGCAUGCUGCAAAGCGGAGCCGCACCACACGCCAUGGGAGACGGUAUUGGUGGUCCAGGGCAUAAGCUGGACAAGGGCCAGGGCGUGCGGGGGAAGCAGGAGCUCCAGCGCGAACGCGGACGCAAGAUCCGCGACCUUGUCGUGCGGUAG